AUGACGACCAAAGGCGCAGCUGCUGCUGACCAAAGCCAAAGGGGACAACAGGGUUGGGAACUUGGGAUAGCGUGCAAUGUUCAUUUCCCCCUGGCUACCAUUCGAAACGUACUGGUAGCCUUCAGAUCAAAACUAGUUACUCAUCUAGGUCGGUGGAUAGGAGAUCUGAUAUUCAAGGCUCGGGCACCCCGUCCGGAAUUUACUCUCCAGGGCAAAUGCCGCUUCUUAGCUGUUGAGCGGUGGGGCCUGGUGAGGGAGAUAAUGCGACAUGACCAUAUACAUGGCAUGGCUUUCGACCAUUUCGAGAAUUCUUUAUAG